AUGGAAGUGGAAGGUAUUGUUUGUACAAUAGGUUCAACAAUCAUUAAACGUACUCGAGAAAUUGUUGAACAAAUUAGACGACCUUUGGAACUUGAUACAUGUGUAUUACCAGCAACAUUUCCUGAAAAUUAUAUAUUAAUAACACGUGAUCCAUUACAUCCAAAAGUUGUUAUAUCAUAUACAUUUAAUAAAGAAAAAUAUCUUUAUGAAUUUCGUUCAGAAAAUUCGAUAGUUUUUGAAAUUGAUGGUCUAUAUUUAGCUAUGAUAUUACCAGCAUCAAAAGAAGAAAGAAAACGUAUAGAAAAACCUUAUUGUGUAUUUAAUAUGGAUGGUUCAAUAGCUGAAUUAAAAUAUUUUGAAGUAAAAUGUAAUGGUGAAUUACAAUUAAUAAAAAUAUUUCAAGCAAGUGUUUUUGAAGCAUUUCUUAAAGGAACAACACUUGAAGAAUGUUAUAAUAAUGUUGCAACUAUUGCUGAUUAUUGGCUUGAUAUACUUGUUGAAUAUCUUGGCGAAGAUGUAAUUAAAGAUAAAGAUCUUUGUUGUCGUUUUGUUAUUGCAUAUGGUCCACGUAAUGCAUCUGUAAUUGAACGUGCUAUAUCAUUAGCUAUAUUUCAAUCAGAACAAUCAAUACGUAAUCAUUAUUUACAUAGAUGA